GAGGCUGCUGGGGUCGUGUGUUCAGAGUGCUUGUAGUGGUCAGUUUUGUGGAUUCCGGGCCGGUGGCGGCGGAUCAUAGUGGAGGGUGCUCUUUAUUGACUAUUGAGUACCUGUGGUUUGUGGAGGUCGGUACUUUCCGUCGCAACUCGCAGCGAUAGUGUCAUCAAAACACCAAGCUAUCGAAUUGAUUUCCAAAGCAAACAUCAGGCUAUCAUUGCCUAAGAGGGCUGAAGCCUCCGGUGCCGCUCCAGCCGCCGGCAAUGUGCGACUGUAGCCUGUACGUGACCUCGGUCACAAACGCUGGCACUCACAUCAGCUUCCACGCCCAGCCCAACCCGGAGCAGUUCGCGGUACUGGACCGCCUCAUCACACAGAACCAGGCCUUCUUUGAACAGGCGCGACUGCCGUCGCCGUAUCAGCUGCCGCCGGGACAGACGGUGCUGGUCAAGUCGACGUCGAGCGGCGCGGCCAAGUGGCACCGGGCGCGCGUGGUCGGUAUCCAGGGCCCCACUGUCAGUGUCGAGUACAUCGACUAUGGCACCAGCGAGCUGGCACACUACACCCAGAUCUGCGCCAGUCGCACCGCACUGCCCGCGGCAGUCCUCACCCAGCCGCCACUGGCGGUGCCCUGCGUGCUGGCCGAGGUGCUUCCUGCCACCGGCACCUGGACAGAGGCAGCGUUCAGUCAUGCGGAGUCGGCGCUGCGCUCGCGUCAGCCUGUUCAGGCUCAGGUGCUGCGUCAGGACACCGACGGGGUGUGGCACGUCCGCGUCUACACCGGAGAUGGCCGGACCCUGGCCUCGCAGCUGGCGGCGCUGGGCAUGGGACGGCUGACCACGCCGUCUGGGCAGUACCCCGUGCAGGCCGCGUGCAGCCCGCUGGCGCCGGCGUCUUGCGGCCCGGAGCCGCCUCUGGCGUUCGCCACCCGCGUCAGUGAGCUGCUGUCGGUGCCGCCGCUGUCCGGCUCGGAAGCUCUGGUGACCAUCUGCCACUACAUCAACGGGCCGGCCAAGUUUGCCGUCCAGCUGUAUGAACAUCAGCCGGCGCUGCUGCAGCUCAUGACCGAAAUACAGUCGUACUGCCAGAGCAGCCCACCAGUGCCACUGUCUGCCGUCGAGUCUGGCGUCGUGUGUCUGGGCUCGUCAGCAUCACGAGAGGGACGCUAUCUGAGAGGAGUCAUCACCCAGGCUGAUGGCAACGUGGUCAAGGUCUACUGGGCCGACUAUGGCAACGACGAGACCAAAGUGGUCUCCGAACUGCGCGCCAUGCCCCGCCAGUUCACCCAGCUCAGGAUCCAAGCGAGCCGGGUAACCCUCGCCGGCCUGUCUGCCCUCAAACCGGUGCCGGGCAGAGCUGAGACCAUAUUCCGACAGAAGACCGAGGGCAGUGUGCUGACUGGACGGUUUGACAAGCCGCGCGAUCAGCCGGCCGGUGCUGCCACAGGCUCGGCUGCCUGCUUGAACCAGGUGGAGCUGUUUGACGUCGGUGAGAGCGUGCUGGAGAUUCUGAUCCGAGAGGGCGCCUACGAGCGGCGCGCGGGCUCUGCCCCCGUCCCCCGUACUCCUCCGGUGGUGGCGGCCCGCCGCUCGGCCAGCCCGCCGGCCGAGCCGCCGCCGCUCACCCCGGGAACUCACGCCGAGGUGCGCGUGGUGUCUGUCACCUCCGUCAGCAGCCUGCACGUGCGGCCCCUGGACACGGAGGCGGUGCUGCUGCAGACCCUACAGAGACUGACGGAUGCGCUCAAUGUCAGCGCCUGCCCGCUGCCCAUGGUGCGGGCGUCCGAGGGCUCCCUGUGCGCCGUGUUCAAGGACGCCAGCUACCAGCGCGCCCGUGUGAUGAGCGUCGGCAGACGCGACAUGAAGGUGCUCUACAUCGACCUGGGCACCUCAGAGAUCAUCCCAGCCGGCGCCGCGUUCGCCCUCGAACAGGACGUCGCCAACUACCCGCCUCAGGCUGUCCACUGCUGUCUCUCCGGCCUGGAGAUGUCCCACGGCACGCCGGAGCUCGUCGAACAGCUGCGCGCGCUCACUGCCGGCGGCCGCCUCCUCUGUGAAGUCCUCGACCAACUGGGAGAGAAACGUAUCGUGCGGCUCACCGAUCUGACCCGCUCGCCGCCCCUGGACGUUGGGGCCAUGCUCAGAGGGAUGAUGUCUGGAGCUCGGCGCGUGAAACAGAGCCCGAGCAAGCCGCCGCCGGCCGCCGGGUCACCGAAGCCCCAGCCGGUCGCCGGGUCGCCCAAACCGGCUCCGGCCGCCGUCACCGUGCGACCACCGGAGGUGGAGCUGGGCCGUCCGGAGCACAUCUCGGUGGUCUACGUCGAGUCGGCGGCCGCCUUUUUCGGCCAGCUGCUCUCCGCCGAUGUGGACGCCAUGUACGACAUGGAGGCCGCCAUGCAGGAGCGGUACGGAGGCGCAGUGAGCCCGCUGAGACCGGCGCCGGUGGGAGCCUUCUGUGUGGGACGGUCCACCAUCAAUGAGACGUUCUACCGCGCCAAGGUGCUGUUGUCCGCCUCGGACAAGGUGACCAUUCAGUACAUCGACUACGGCGAUCAGGAGUCCAAGGCGCCCUCAGAGGUGUUCCCGCUGCUACCAGAGUUCACCAAGCUGCCCCAGCUGGGGAUGUUUUGCUGUCUGGCCGGCGGCGAGUCGGUGCCGGAAGACACGUUCUCACGGCUGGUGCAGGACCAGACCCUGCUCGUACUCCCCGUGUUCGGCUCGGGCGACCACUACCGCGUCACGCUGCCACCCUGCUCCGAGAACCAGCCGCUGCUGGCGCAGCUCAAACCGUUCGGCAUCGCCGCGGCCUCCGUGCCGCCGCCCAAGUCGCCGGCAGCCACCAACGGCAGUUUGUCGUCUCCGUCGCCUCGGCCGCCAUCCAGCUCUCCAGUGGCCACCACUGGCCAGCCGUCUGAGCCCGUCAAACUGACCGAGCCGCAGCUGCCCGUCGGACUGUUCAAGGACGUUACCGUGGUACACGCCGUCUCUCCGUCCGAGUUCUACGUGCGCCUGCGGGAGCACUCUGACUCGCUGGCUCGGCUGGAAGCUGAACUGGCCUCGUACGGGACGGCGGCUCCGGCGCCGGUGACCUCCCAGCAGACGGUGGCUGUGGAGACUGCCGCCGGCUGGCGACGCGGACGCGUCAACGGCAGGAAAAUCGAUCAGGUCUCCGUCUUCCUGCUGGACAGCGGGGAGACGGUCUCCGUACCGAUGUCGUCUGUCCGACUGCUCCGCUCAGAGCACGCCCGGCUGCCGGCCCAGGCCAUCCUCUGCUGCGCCAAGGGAGCCCGGCCGAGCAGCAAUGGAGGCUGGACCGACGAGGAGACGACCCAGUUCCGCGGCUCGGUGGCUGGCCGCAGUUUCCUGGCGCGUGCUGAGGAGGCGCGUCCCGGCGCCCCGGCUGUGGUAACGCUAGCUCAGGCGGAACCGGUGCGAGCGACUGCUCUGCUCCACCCGGGGUCGGGACAGCAGUCACCGAGGUCAUCCGAUGCUAACAACAAUACGGCCAAACGCACCUCGCCGCCGCCACGCGCCGAUCAGGACCCCAACUGGCGGGACAAGUCCACCGCGGUACCCCCACCUUCUGCCAGCUCCGGCCCCGGAUGGCGGCCGUCCGACUCACGACCCAACGGUGGUCUGCGCGCCGCCGAGCGCCGCUCCUCGGGCAGCUCCGCCGCCGCCCCCUCCCCGCGGCCGCCCAAACCCUCGACCACCUCCGCCGCCGCCCCAGCCGCCCCAGAGGAGGACUCAGAGCCGCGCCUCGAGCGGUUUGUCGGGAAGAUGCGGAUGGACGACCCAGCAGAGUACGCGCCCGUCAGCCGCUCCUCCGCCGGUCGGGGCGACGGGGAUGGCUCCAGCGGACGGCCCUCCUCCCGAGCUAACGGUGGUGACACUCGCAAACCGGCCCCGCCGGCUCCGGCCCGAGUGGAGAUCCCAACCCACAGUGCCACCAUCACUCGCAGGCCGGUGCCGCCGGGCGCUCCGCUGGCGGUGACACCCACCUGGGUGUCCGGCCUGGCGCGGUUCUACGUGCAGCGGUGCCCGGCCGAGCCGGAGUUUACGAGUCUGAUGGAGGAGAUGCAGAGGUUCUACAGCGGACUGCGGGCGGAGGAUGGACAGGAGACCCAGCCGCAGACUGGACGACCGGUGGCCGCCAGGUUCACGGACGGCGCCUGGUACCGCGCUCUGGUUCGCUCCGUCUCGCCCUCCGAGCUACGGGUACUGUUUGUUGACUACGGGAACUGCGAGGUGGUGCCCCGCCGAGAGGUCAAACGGCUCAAGGAGGAACACUGCCGGCUGCCCGCGCAGGCCUACAGCUGCCGCUUCGCCGGUGUGGAGCCGGCCGGCGGACAGUGGAAGACACUCGACGAGAAACAGCUGGCCAAGUACUUCAACGGAGACAUGACGGUGACAGCGUCAUCCGACGCCUCUGGCUCUGUUACUGCCGUGGAGGUGACCCUGUCGGGUCAGAAGGUCACUGACAUGCUGGUGGCAGACGGCCUGGCCGUCAGACCCCAGCCCGGACAGACUCUCAAACAGCAGCACCUGGGUCCAUUCACCGGCCUGCCAAACCCGUUCCGUUCGGGCGACAAACUGGCCGUGUUUGUGUCGUACAUCGUCACUCCUGACCGACUGUACUGCCAGCUGAGUGAACGGGCCGCCGACAUCGAGCAGCUCGAGACACAGAUCGAAACGGCCGUGGCCGACGGAGGAAAGCUGCUGGGCGGUUCGGCUGCGGCCGGCGCCGGCUGCCUGGCUCCGUUCGACGGCUCCUUUUACCGCGGCGUGGUGGUGGAGAGGACCGGAGACGACGCCGCCGCCGUCCACUUUGUCGACUACGGGAACACGGAAACCGUGCCGGCGGCCGAGCUACUGGAGUGUCCCGAGUCGCUGCGUCGGCUGCCGGCCCAGGCCAUCCGGCUCUCACUGACCGGGGUCCCCAAGGACCGCACCGACGACCUCACGGCACGCGCUGACCAAAUGGAGUUUGUGGCCCGCGUGGACGUCGUCUGCCCCGACCACCUGAAUGUGACGCUCUUCGACGGAGAGACCAACGUGAACGUCGAGCUGGGAGCCUCGGACGUCCCGGCUCCUGCCGCUCCUGCUCCCACCCCGGCCGCUGCUCCGGCUCCGACAUCUGCCGCUACGCCCCAGAAACACCUGGGUCCAUUCACCGGCCUGCCGAACUCGUUCCGUUCGGGCGACAAACUGGCCGUGUUUGUGUCGUACAUCGUCACUCCUGACCGACUGUACUGCCAGCUGAGUGAACGGGCCGCCGACAUCGAGCAGCUCGAGACACAGAUCGAGACGGCCGUGGCCGACGGAGGAAAGCCGCUGGGCGGUUCGGCUGCGGCCGGCGCCGGCUGCCUGGCUCCGUUCGACGGCACCUUUUACCGCGGCGUGGUGGUGGAGAGGACCGGAGACGACGCCGCCGUCCACUUUGUCGACUACGGGAACACGGAGACCGUGCCGGCCGCACAGCUGCUGGAGUGUCCCGAGUCGCUGCGUCGGCUGCCGGCCCAGGCCAUCCGGCUCUCGCUGACCGGGGUCCCCAAGGACCGCACCGACGACCUCACGGCACGCGCCGACCAAAUGGAGUUUUCUGCUCGCGUGGACCUCGUCAGCGCCGACCACCUGAAUGUGACGCUCUUCGACGGAGAGACCAACUUGAACGUCGAGCUGGGAGCCUCGGACGCCCCGGCCCCGGCUCCCACCCAGGCUCCGACUCCUGCCGCUCCUAUCCCGACUCCGGCUUCUGUCGCUCCGAGCCCGGCACCGGCCGCUACACCAUCCGCGCCUCAGAAGCACCUGGGUCCAUACACGGGCCUGCCGAACCCGUUCCGUUCGGGCGACAAACUGGCCGUGUUUGUGUCGUACAUCGUCUCUCCUGACCGACUGUACUGCCAGCUGAGUGAACGGGCCGCCGACAUCGAGCAGCUCGAGACACAGAUCGAGACGGCCGUGGCCGGCGGCGGAAAGCCGCUGGGCGGUUCGGCUGCGGCCGCCGCCGGCUGCCUGGCUCCGUUCGACGGCACCUUUUACCGCGGCGUGGUGGUGGAGAGGACCGGAGAUGACGCCGCCGUCCACUUUGUCGACUACGGAAACACGGAAACCGUGCUGGCGGCUGAGCUACUGGAUUGUCCCGAGUCGCUUCGGCGGCUGCCGGCCCAGGCCAUCCGGCUCUCACUGACCGGGGUCCCCAAGGACCGCACCGACGACCUCACGGCACGCGCCGACCAAAUGGAGUUUUCUGCUCGCGUGGACCUCGUCAGCUCCGACCACCUGAAUGUGACGCUCUUCGACGGAGAGACCAACGUGAACGUCGAGCUGGGAGCCUCGGCCACCCCGGCUCCUGCCGCUCCGGCCCCGGCUCCUGCCGCUCCGGCCCCGGCUGUGGCUCCCGCCGCUCCGGCUCCCACCGAGCCCCAGAAGACAGUGACGGCGCCCCAGGCGGAGCAGCCCUCGCCGGCUCCGGAGACUCGUCCGGUGGCUGUGUCCUUCACGGUGUCUCCGGGCGAGUUUUACGUGCAGGACGCGGCGGCGGCCGAUCAGCUGGACGAACUGAUGGCCCGUCUGGAGACUGAGUACACCAAGCUGGCGGACGGCGAGCGAGCUGUCAACGAGGUGCAGCCGGGAGACCUGUUGGCGGCGCCUUUCUCAGAGGACGGCGCAUUCUAUCGUGCGCGUGUGCUGGCCGCCGACUCCGCCGACACCUCCCAACUACACCUCCAAUUCAUCGACUACGGCAACAGCGAGCGGUGCGCGCGCUCCGCCUGCCGCCUGCUCACACCGCCUCUCCUGGCUCCGGCACCGUUUGCUCAGCGGUGCCGGCUGGCGGGCGCUGCGGCCCCGGCCUGCGGCUGGACGGCGGAAGCGGCGGCGGCUCUGGAUACGCUGACAGGCGCGCCGGAUGGCCAGGCGAAAAUGGUGACUGUGAGCGGCGCCGGCGACUGCUGGACGGUGAAACUGAUCGGACUCGGCGGCGAGGAUGUGGCCAAGGCUCUGGUAGAGGCCGGGCAUGCGACUGAGGAGAGAGAGAAGAGUGACGAGAAGGUAACUGAUGCUCCGACAGAGAGAGUAGAGGAGGCGCCGCGGGCUGAACCACCGGCGGAAGUGGCGAGUCUAACUGACCUGGUGCCGGGCCAUUCAGCGGCAGUCGCCGUGUCCUUCUCCGUGGGUCCCUGCGAGUUCUGGGUGCAGCUGCUGUCCAACUCUGCGCGCCUGGAUACCCUGGCCGAGGCCCUGGAGGCGGCCGGUGAGCUGGAGCCGAGCGGCGAGCUGCCUGUAGCCGAGAGUCCCGCCGCCGGUCAGCUGGUGGCCGUCAGGUACUCGGUAGACUGCGCCAUGUACCGCGCCCGACUCCUGCCCGACUCCGACUCUGCCGAGUCGCGCCGAGUCCUGUUCGUUGAUUACGGUAACACGGAGUCGGUGCCGGUUGGUGAGCUGCGCUGUCUGCCGCCGCAGCUGACAGAAGAGCCACUCCUGGCAGCGCGCUGCUCUCUGCCGCUGCGGGUGACGGAGGGUGCAGAGACUGCAGCUGCCGAGCGAUUUGUCGAGCUAGCCGACAGCGAGCUGGAACUACAGAUGACCCUAGUCGCCGCGGGAGACCCUGCGAUCGUGACGCUGUCACACGAGGGCCGUGACUUGGCCGGAGUACUGGUGGAAGAGGGACUGGCCGUGCCCGUGGAGAUGACACAGAAAACGGAAGAGACCCGUGAAGACAAGACAACAGACACUGAUGGUGACGCGAAGGUGAACCAGAAUCAAGAGAACACGGGUGAUCCGGCGGCAGAAUCCCGACUGGAUGAUCCCGGGGAUCACGAGGUGUUUGUGUCGCACGUCAACUCGCCACUCGAGUUCUACGUCCAGUCUCCCGACACGACCGCUCUGGAUGAUCUGAUGGAACGCCUGGCGGCCGCGGCUGCUUCCCUGGCGCCCGCCGAGCCGCCGUUCGAGCCAACUGACCUGCUGGCGGCGCCUUUCUCCGAAGACGAAGCCCUGUACCGCGCCCGGGUGGUGUCCACCAGCGACGACCGCGCUCGGGUUCAGUUUGUCGACUACGGUAACGGUGAGGAGGUGGAAGCGGCAGCUCUGCGCCGCCUGCCGGCCGAGCUCAGCGAGUUACCCCCACAGGCGCUCCGCUGCCGCCUGCCAGUAGAGGCGUGCGCCGCCUCUGCCGUCGGCCGGCUCCGCGAGCUGACAGAAGAGGGCGCUCGCCUGAGGCGUCUGGCCGCGUCCGCCGACGCGGACGGCCCGGUGGCGCUGGUGCGUUUAACGGUCGACGGACGAGACGUGGCCGAGACACUGGCCGCGGACGGGCUCUGCCGACUGGCCCGGCGUCUGACACUGCCGCCGGCACUGAUGCCACAGCUCGAUACAGACAUGGAAGCAUCCGUGACGUUUGUGGGUACAGAAGAGGUGUUUGUGAUGCUCUCUGAUGACCGGACUGCCCUCGGGGAACUGCGACAACUGAUCGCCGAGCUGUAUGGUGACGCCGAUCCGCCGCCUCCUCUGGCCGCCCCGGCUGCUAGCGACCUGUGCGUGGUCCAGGAUACGAACGGAGGCUGGAACCGCGCCACUGUCCUGACGGUUGGCGCUGAGAACACGGCACGCGUGCGACUGGUCGACACCGGCUACAUCCUCGAGGGUGUGGCUCUGUCUGAUCUGCGGCAGCCACUGCAGGCCGUGGCGCUACCGCCGCCGCUGGUACAUCGCUGCCACCCGGCGCCGGACUGUGACAGUCCUCGGCUGGCGGAGGCGAGCUCUUUGGACGGGUUAGUCACCGUUCGAUUUACGGCUGACGGAGAUCGUCUGAUGUUGCACCUCGUCACCGCCGGGACUCCUGCCGCGCCAGAGGUGUCCUCCGCCGGACAAACGACCGAACAGCCCGCCGCUGAGGAGGGCACGUCUCCUGCCUCGCCGGAGGUGUCCGCUGUUGGACAGACGAGCGAAGAGCCCGCCUCUGAGGAGGGCACCACGACGGAACGUCAGGAAGAUGAGUCGGACUCCGCCGCGACUCCGCGCGGACGACAGUACCGCGAUGAGAAGAUCGUACCCGGUCAGAUUUCGUUCUCACUGAUUGUCCCACCGACGCUGAAGGAAGAGGAACCUGCCCGUGACUCCCAAGUUGACCAGCCGACCCCUGCGCCGGCCCCGGCGGAGCAGCUGACCCCUGCCCCGGCUCCUGCGGAGCAGCUGACCCCUGCACCCGUCCCCCCGGCAGAAACGCAGGUCGCCACGGCUCCUGACGGUACCCCACUCGGUCGGCGCAUCAGUCAUGAGUUCAAGAUCGUGCCCGGUCAGAUCUCGUUCAGUCUUCUGUCUGAGCCGGAGACGAGGGAAGGCUCUGAGCCAACGGCGGACGAGUGCUCGGCUGGUGAGAAGAGCCAGUCCGUAGACGGAGUGGAAGACGCCGGGGAGAUCGAUGUUGAGACUUCGAAGACUGAGAGUGCUGCUCCGGCCGAGGAUGGUGGAGUGGAGGCCGAUGCUGUCGCAGAGGCUAUGCCAGAAGACGCUGAGAUCGAGGCUGUGCCAGAGGACGCUGCGGUAGAGGCUACGCCGGCAGAUGCGGCUGAGGUCGGGGCUGCGUCAGCAGAUGCUGCGGCAGAGGCUAUGCCAGCAGAUGCUGCGGCAGAGGCUACGCCAGCCGACGCUGAGGUUGAGACUACGCCAGCUGUCGCUGAGACAGAGGCUAAACCGGAAGACGCUAAAGUCGAGGCUACGCCAGCUGUCGCUGAGGUCCAGGGUAUGCCAGAAGACGCUGCAUCUGAAGCUGAGGCGGCAGAGGCUAUGCCAACAGACGCUGAAGCCGAGGCUACGCCAGCCGACGCCGAGGCCGAGGCUACGCCAGCGGGCGUCGAAGUAUCGCCGAUAGGUGGUGAAGUUGAAGUCAAAUCCCCUCCAGUGGAAGCUGGGCUCGAAACUACGUCAGUGGAAGCUAAUGCUGACGUUACGCUGUCAGACCCUGAAGCCGAGGGUUCAUCCGCCGCCGUGGCUGAGGCGGGGCUGGUGACAGUCGAAGCUGAAGAGGAGUUUGUAUCAGCGGAUGAAAACGAUGAUAUGAUCCUGGUAGUGUCGGAGGAGGAUGACACACCUCCCGGAACGGAAGCCGAGGCCGUGACAACUGACGGCAAGCUGAAUGUGAAACCAUGUGAGACGGGAUCUGCCGAGGUGGAGUCUGCUGUGUCAAUGACCGAACCUACACCAGUUGAGGCUACACCAGCCGAGACCGAGAUUGCACUAGCCGAGUGUACACCAACCGAGGCUACGCCAACAGAGUCUGUGCCGGCUGAGACUACGCCAGCCGAGCCCACACCAGCCGAGAGUGUCCCAGUCGAGGCUACGCCAGACCAGACUCGACCGACCGAGCUUACACCAGCCGAGGCUGCACCAACUGAGUCUGAGUGUACGCCAGCCGAGUGUACACCAUCCGAAGCUGUACCAACCGAAGCUGCACCAACCGAAGCUGCACCAGUCAAGAGUGCACCAGCUCGGGCUACACCAGCUGAGAGUACACCAACCGAGAGUGCACCUGCAGCCGAGACUGCACCAGCCGAGCCCUCGGCGAAGACGACACAACCGGAGACUCUGGCAGAGACUACAUCACCUGAGGCUGUGGCAGAGGCUAACGAGGCUGUAGCAGAGGCUACCACAGUCGAGGCUGUGAUCGAGGCUACUCCAACAGAGGCUUCAACGGAGGACGCCUUAGAUGUUGCUGUGAUCAGCGCUUCUGAGGCUAUAUUUAAGCCAAUGCUGAUGGAGGUUGCAACAGAAGCCGCUCCUGAGGCUGCCACAGAAGCCGAUCCUGAGGCUGUGACUGGAGCUGCCCCUAAAGCUGUGACCGAGCUAGCUGUCCGAGUGGAGACUGUGAUUGAAGCCGCUCCUGAACUUGUAACUGGGGUUGCUUCUGAGGCUGUGACCGACGCCACUCCUGAGACGGUAACGGAAACUUCCACGGAGGCUGUGCUGGAAAGCGCUCCCAAAGCUUUGACUGAGGCUGCUCCCGAGACUGCGACGUCGGCUACUAGUGAGACCCUGGCGCCGGCCCCCAAAGCCGAAGCCUCACCAGUGGCAGGACAUGCCUCAAUGGACGCCAAAGUGACAACGAAUGAAGACGCGACUAGUGCAGUCUCCGACAAAGAAGACGUCAAGCCGCUGACGGUAGAGACGGCUGAGGAGGGCACUGAGCCUCGGCCGGCGCGGGAGACUGAAGAAACCGUCGCUGAUGUCCAAGAAGAGCCUGUGGUGUUUGUCUCUGACACCCUGGAUAAUGCAGUCGAGGAUCAAGUCCGGUCACCGGACGGACAAGAGGAGACAGCCGCGGUGGCUGGUGGGCAUGAUGAACCAGCAAAGUUCACUGAACGGCCGGACGAUCCCUCCGAGAAGACCGUCGAGACUUCAGAGAAGCCGGCUCAACCAUCAGGCGAGACUGUCACGUCCUCGACAGAAGAGCGCACCGAACCAUCUGUUGAGCCCGUCAGUGCCUCAGGGCUUCCCAUCGAACCCAUCAAGACCGCAAAACCUACAGACGAGUCGGCUACAACCAAGGAAAAGGUAAACCCUAAACCCUCCAAAGAGUCUCCAAUGCUCGCUGAUGACUCCAAAGAGUCUCCAGUGCUCGCUGAUGACUCCAAUGAGUCCCCAGCGUGCGCCGACGACUCCAAAGAGUCUUUGGUGCUCGCCGACGCCCCGGCGGAAGCUUCCGCUGGAGACCCCUCCGCGCACUCCGCGGAGACCGUAAAGCCCUCGCCGGAGCUGCUGAAGGGCGCCGCCGCCGGCCGGCAGGGCGCAGGCGAUUCGUCCUCCGAGGCACGCCGGCCCACGGAGGUCGGCACUGAUACCGUAUCGGACAGCGGUGACGCGGACUGUGUGUGAACCGAGGACAGUGAAAGGGCUCCCAGUGCCGGUGAGUGAACGGGGCUCCCGCCUGCCCCGCGGACCGAGGGACUGACGAGUGAUGGAGAGGGGCGGGCACAUUGCGAGCUUAGUGUGUUCUCGUUGAUUGAUAUGAAGGCGUUCGGUUAGUCCAGAAGUGCUUUGAUGAGGGCCGCGGAGGCUGUGUAUAUAUAGCGGCGCAUUGAUAGUCACUGCUCGAGUCCUGAGUGUUUGCGGUUCAUGCUUCAGGGAAUGGAGUACAAAGGCAGGCAGUGCAUAUACAUAGAACUGUUAACCAAGAUUUGUAUUUUGUUAAAAAUAAAACAAAACGUUUUCUGCA